GCGGGCGGGGCGGGGCUGCCGUGCGGGCUGCGGGCCGGGGGCUGCGGGCCGCUCACCGCGACUCCUGCCGCCGCCCGGGGACGAGGACGAGGCCGCCGCGCCCAUGACCGUCGCCCCGGCCGGGGAAGCCGCCGCCCGCGCCCCGCAGAGAGGCAGAGGCGCCCCUGGCCCACGUCAUGGCUGUGACUCCGGUGCGCGCGGGCUGGACGCUGCUCAGGGCAUUGCUGCGCUUCCUCUUCAUGGUGGCCAACAACCUGGUGGCCAUCCCCGCCUUCGUCUGCUACGUGCUGGUGCUGCAGCCGCUGCGUCUGCUGGACGGGCGGUGCUUCUGGCGCCUGGAGGGCCGCAUGUACAAGUGGCUGCUGGGCAUGGUGGCCUCCUGGGGCUGGACCGCCGGCUACACAGUGAUGGAGUGGGGGGAAGACAUUAAGGCGAUCUCGACGGACGAGGCGGUGAUGCUGGUGAACCAUCAGGCGACGGGGGACGUGUGCACACUCAUGAUGUGUCUCCAGGACAAGGGACUGGCUGUUGCUCAGAUGAUGUGGUUGAUGGAUCAUAUCUUUAAAUACACAAACUUUGGGAUUGUGUCUUUGAUUCACGGAGACUUCUUCAUAAGACAGGGGAAGUCGCACCGCGACCAACAGCUCCUCCUUCUCAAGAAGCACCUGGAGAACAAUUACAGGAGCAGAGAUCGGAAGUGGAUCGUCCUGUUCCCGGAAGGGGGCUUCCUCCGGAAGAGGCGAGAAACCAGCCAGGCAUUCGCCAAGAAGAACAACCUACCAUUCCUGACACACGUCACUCUGCCAAGGAUCGGGGCCACCAGCAUCAUUCUGAGCUCACUGGUCGCGAGACAGGAGAACGGGAGCCCGGCAGGAGGAGACGCAAAAGAACUAGACAGCAAAUCGAAAGGCCUCCAGUGGGUGAUAGACACAACCAUAGCAUACCCCAACGCCGAGCCCAUCGACAUUCAGACCUGGAUCCUUGGGUACAGGAGGCCGACGGUCACACACGUGCACUACCGGGUCUUCCCCAUUAAAGACGUUCCCCUGGAGACGGACGGCCUUUCCGCAUGGCUCUACCAGCGCUUCGUUGAGAAAGAGCACCUCUUAGCCCAUUUUUAUAGAACAGGGGCGUUCCCGCCCGCCCAGGGCCAGAAGGAAGCUGCGUGCCGGGAGAUGACCCUGAGCAACACGUGGAUCUUCCUCAUCCAGUCCUUUGCGUUUCUGUCGGGCUGCCUGUGGUUCAGCGUCCUCCGCUCCUUCUACCGCUGCCUGUUCUAGGAGCUGACUGACUCGCCAGCACCACAGGCUCCAGGCCUUGGGAACUGCGCCCCUUCCGCACAUUAAAAGAACAAUGAGAAUUCCAUGGACAGAUAGAUGAGAUGAGAAUUUGCCAGCCCCCCUUGGGAUGUUUUCAAACUGCUGAAAUCAAGAUCAGUAGUGUGAACGAGCCACUCAUAUAUCUCAAGGACUUUCCGUGUCUUGAAAACACGGGAAAACAUUUUGCCAUGCAUCACGCCAGCGGCACAUCUGGAGAAGAAACCAGCGGAGAAGGGAGCCCGGAACAUAGACCGGUGUUCACCGAGUUCGCGCUCAGAGAGCUGCCCCACCCCUAGACUCCCAGGCCGGCGGGGAGCCGGCUGCCACCCUGCACACAGCGACACCCCCCUCCCCCCUCCCCCCUCCCCCCCGGCCGCAGCCUCCCAGCCAGGUCUCUGUCAGGCACGCUGCAGGGGGAGAGCGGCGCCCCCCAGCACACCCACAUCCGGACGAGCACCUCCGGUGAGGGGUCGCCAGCCCUCCUGCCUGUGGGAGGCCUCGUGGAGACACAUGCACGUGCCCAGAGAUGAAGGGAGGCCCGUCAGGAGCAAGACUCUGGAGGCCGCCCGUCCCCAAGGCCACCUGUGCCCCAGCGCCACCCGUGUGUGCGCACAGCUGCCCCCGGCAGCUCAGCGGCUGUGUCUUCUUCCCUGUCAGCCCAUUCACAACAACAGCAUUUGGGGGCGACUGGAGCCAAGUCAUGGGGAACACUAGAAGGAGCCCUCUGUGGCAAAACCCAUGGGCUUGUUUGGUAGCGAGCGGAAGCCAGGCCCGGUCCUCACAGGGGAGCCCGUCCCCCCCUCCCCGCCCGGGGCGGCCCCGCAGAUGCUGCGGCCACGGCUGCCUUCUCUCUCCCAGUUGUGUUUGAAGAGGCUGAAGUCAAGUUUCACUUUCUGGAAAACUUCUCUGUGUCUGUUUUGGCUGUGGUCCCUGCAGCGUACCUCACAAGAGAGCCAGGCUCCGCUCAGCGCCCCGUGUGCCCACCCGCACCGCGAGGACCGGGCCUGGGCUUCCAGGCUGAAGCUCUUAGUCAGUCAGUCAGUCAGUCGGUCGGUGGUAGUUGCCUGUGGCACGAGCCCUAGAGAGUCCCACAUCGUCACCGGCCAUACAAUUGUGAGAAGUAGGCCAUAAACUUUAGAAAAUGGAGACUCGUAUUUCCUGUCCUUGAAAGAAGACAGAAGUGAGCAGAUGUGGAGAAGGUUACGCGGCCCCGGCGUGAGCGGACCCCCGUGAGGCGUCAGGCGUUGGGGACGGCACCUCACCGGCCAUCUGGCCACAGCUGGCGAGACACAGUGUUCACAAGUUCGGGGUGGCCGUGGCCACUGGAAGGGUUUUGUUUUGUUUUGUUUGAUCAGAGCAUUUCCUGAUGCUCUGUAGCAGCCAGGAGACAGCAGCUCGGCUCGGAGGGGCGGGUGAUGGCAGGAGGAGGCCAGCGGACUCCGAGAGGAGCUCCUGGGGUCGGGCCGGGCCGGGCCGGCGCCACACUCGGUCCUGCCAGCGGGUCCAGCUGCCCUCCAGAGCGACCGCCACACGGGGAGCGGUGUCGCGCCUCCCGUCCUCACCGUGCCCGCGCUGUGACUCCCUCGGGGCCCGCGUCGCCUCAGCAGCGCUGAGCGAGUUGUGUGUGGAGACGAGCGCACCUGUGCGCUGUAAAUAGACCUGUGUUUGAGCUGCC